AUGGGAGGCUUUGCGAACGAGAGCGCUGUCAGCAACGCCAGCGGAGCCCCGUCCUCUGCACCCUGCCACCGGGACACCGCUGUCACCCACCUGCUCUUCCCCGUCCUGUACACCCUCGUCUUCCUCCUGGGGCUCGUGCUGAACAGCCUGGCCUGCUGGGCUUUCUUCCAUAUCCCCAGCACGUCAACUUUCAUUGUCUACCUGAAAAAUAUCCUAGUUUCCGAUUUUAUAAUGACCCUGAUGCUUCCUCUGAAAAUCCUGACGGACUCUGGCCUGGGACCAUGGCAGCUCAAAGCCUUCGUCUGCCGCUUCUCAGCCGUGGUGUUGUACGACACCAUGUACAUUAGCAUAGUGCUGCUUGGCCUCAUUGCUUUUGACAGAUUCCUCAAGAUCGUCAGACCUUUUGGGAAGUUCUGGGUGCAAAACCUGACCUCAGCAAAGGUCCUCGCGGGUCUGGUCUGGCUCUUCUUCCUCCUCCUCUCCCUGCCCAACAUGAUCUUGUCCAACAAGAAGGCGACACCCCAAUCUGUGCGGAAGUGCGCCUCUUUGAAGAGCUACCUGGGACUCAAAUGGCACGAGGCCGUCAACUACAUCUGUCAGUUCGUCUUCUGGACUGUCCUCAUCCUCAUGCUUCUCUUUUACACCAUUAUUGCCAAGAAGGUAUACGAGUCGUACGUAAAAACACAGAAGAAAGACAGCAAGAGCGAAAAAAGGAUCAAGGGGAAAGUAUUCAUCAUUUUUACCGUCUUUUUCUUAUGCUUUGCACCCUUUCAUUUCAGAAGGGUUACCUACACGCUGAGCCAAACCACCCCCCGCAUGGGCUGCCGCCUGCAGAACCAGCUCUUUGUCGCCAAGGAGAGCACCCUGUGGCUGGCGACCACCAACGUCUGCAUGGACCCCCUGAUAUACCUGUUCCUGUGCAAACCCUUUGUGGAGAAGGUGUUAUGCAGGAGAGUAAAGACAUUCCAGAAAGCGGUUCAUACAAACCCAAAAACCGAACUGGACACACGGAUGUCUCCUACUGAAUCUUGA